GGGGGGGUGGGGGGGUGUAUCUGACCAUCAUGUAUGGAAGGGCGGCGAAGCCCCUUGUCGCAGAAACCAGGAGCCUUGGGUUCCCGGAGGCCAGGACCAGCUGCCGGGGCAGGGGGGUGUCACUCUGUCCAGCCCCGCCUGCCCUCGCUUUGCCUUGGGUUGAUUCCCAGAGAGGCUCCAUGGUGGGCCCCCUUGGCAUGUGUGCCUGGUGAGCGCUGGGACACGGAGCAGGGGGAUCCUCCAUGUGGCUGGGACUCUGUCCUCUGGCUUCUCAUGCCCCCUCUUCUCCAGGCAGGGCCACAGGGCAUGAGGAGCCAUGAGGCAGGGUGAGUGCUUCCUCUGGACUGGAGGGUGAAGGGGCUGGGUGUGGCUGGGGGCAACACUUCCUCCUCUGGCGAGGGCUGCACCCUAACUCUGUGGAGGAGGCCUGGUUGGGUCUGUGUGGGCACACUGAGGACACUCGGGAGGAUGUCAGGAUGGUUCCUGAUCCCUACCCCGCCCCCCACGUUGAGCCCAGGGCUCCUUUCCUCCUGGAUGCGGCCACACAUCCAGCCGUGGGCUGCGGGGUGGGGACGGCAGUGCUUGUCCUGGCACGUCUCCCCUGGGUGAGUGGUGGUGGGUGAGGACACCCUCUUCGCCAGGCUGAGCUGAGGCCGAAGUGGCUUUCAGGUGUGGGGUGGGGUUUUUCAGACUGGAUGUUCUGUCCCUUGGAGGACAGGUCCCCGAGGUUGUUGGCACUGGGGAGGCUGUGAGGGCAGGAAGAGGACCAGCGGUCAGGAGCCCAGAGGUGCUCGCCAUCUCCCUGCCUCACGGAAGCCCUGCAUCCCCACCUGCGGGGGGCACGGGGAAGGGGGUGCCCACCUCAGUGCCCACCUGGCCGGCCGCAGACAGAAGGGCUGUCCUUACCUCACACCUGGCCACACCUGCGUUGGCUUUUGGGCUCUUGGCUCUGUGCUGCCCCAGCCCUUCCCCUGUCCUGAUGCUCAGGGCCUGAGCCGCCCCAAGCCAAGCCUGCUAUUGAGGUCUCCCCGGGGCAGGGCCCCUCGGGGUGAAUGAGGGCAUCGGUCCUCCCUUCCUGGGGUUUGGCUCCUGCCCACGGGUCAGAUGGUGGAAAUCACAGUCUGUGAGAGGCUGUAGCUCAGCUCUGCGCACAUCUGUCUUAGACCUCUGGGCCCCCUUACUCUCUAGGCUCCCCCUCCUACCCUCCCCGGCCUGCCCCGCUGGUGCUCAGACUGAGGCUGGGGCUCCGAGGGAAAGUGAGUCGGGCUGGGGGGCCUGGGGCGACCCCUUGAGGAGGGGCGGGGACCCCGUCUGGAGCCGGCAGCCUCGGGUGGAGGCCUCCCCUCCUCCGUUGCUCCCAGGGGCCGCCCAGCAGCCGCAGCUCCAACCACAACAUCCUUCGGGGUUUGGCCUUCAGAGCUGAGGCGGAUGACCCCCAAAUAGCCCUGGCAGACUCCCCCGUGACCCGCCCGCACUGUUGCCUCUGGGGCGCAGCCCAGAGAGUAUAAAACAGCGCCGGAGGCUGGGAGAGGCAGAAGAGCGCGUCCUGAGCAGCUGCCGACAGACACACCAUGAGGCCCCUCCUGCCCCUCGCCCUGCUGGCCCUGGUCGCGCUCUGCCUCGCAGGCCGGGCAGAUGCAAAGCCCAGUGGUGCGGAGUCUGGCAAAGGCGCAGCCUUCGUGUCCAAGCAGGAGGGCAGCGAGGUGGUGAAGAGACUCAGGCGCUACCUGGAUGGCUGGCUGGGAGCCCCAGCCCCCUACCCAGAUCCACUGGAGUCCAGGAGGGAGGUGUGCGAGCUCAACCCAGACUGUGACGAGCUGGCCGACCACAUCGGCUUCCAGGAGGCCUAUCGGCGCUUCUACGGCACAUUCUAGAGCUCACCGCCCUGCUGGCCUGGCUGGCAGCCCCCAGCUCUGGCUCCUUUCCAGGACCCCUCCCCUCGCCCUGACCUCCCUGCCCAGCAAGUGUGAGAUCCCCGUCAUCCCAGCUGCUCCAGAAUAAACUCCAGAA